GCCCCGCCCCGCGCCUGCGCGGCCGGAGGCGCUGGCGGCGCGAUGGCGCUGGAGACCGUCCCCAAGGACCUGCGGCACCUCCGCGCCUGCCUGCUCUGCUCGCUCGUCAAGACCAUCGACCAGUUCGAGUACGAUGGCUGCGACAACUGCGAUGCCUACCUGCAGAUGAAGGGCAACCGGGAGAUGGUCUACGACUGCACCAGCUCCUCCUUCGACGGGAUCAUCGCGAUGAUGAGCCCCGAGGACAGCUGGGUCUCCAAGUGGCAGCGGAUCAGUAGCUUCAAGCCCGGUGUCUAUGCAGUGUCUGUGACCGGCCGGCUGCCCCAAGGGAUCGUCCGAGAGCUGAAGAGCCGUGGUGUGGCUUACAAGUCCCGAGACACAGCUAUAAAAACUUGAGGGUGUCUGCAGGAUUUCCCUGUGCUGCAUUCCAGGGGACAGCAGGCACAUGGGGUGCUGCUCCAAAACCUUUUAGCUUUAGCAUAUGGGAAGGACUCUCAGUACCUCUUGGACUCUGCCAUACCACUUCAGUCCACAUAGACUAUAGUCAUUUUUAGAGCCUUGACAAGGGGAAGGGUGUGAGUGGGUGUGGGAAAAGGGAUAUUUAAUGGUGAUGCAUGAGUUUUUUUCUUGUUGGUGUGGAGGAGAGCUGGGAUGUAGCUGUAUAAGUACUUCAAUAAAACAUACAGUCUUGGCAGAA